GAGUGGCGAGCGGAGAGUCAACAACUCCGAGGACUUGGGGGGGGGGAGUGCGAACUCGCAGCCAGUCAGAGAUCAGAGAAACCGAAUCAAGUGGGUGAAGAAGGCACAUCUGGGUUGCACAUGGACAAGCUACAGCCAAGAUUGAUCUGAGCUUCUGGAGGAGUUUUCUCUCCUCCCAGAGGGAAUCUGCAUAUGAAGAAGAGUCUGGCUGACGGCAAAGGCAGGAGUUGACAAAACGGAGAAAGUGUACGCUGCUGGCAAAGGGAAAGGUGCAGCUCGAACAGGGGAUACAGUCCUGUCAGCGAAACAUUCCUGCGGAUAAGGAUACAUUCCUGCCUUGACCCAGAGAGACAGAGGGGGAAUAGGAUUCAGACAGAGGUCUCUAACUCUGGAGGAGCACGUAAAGAAUACAGUUCGGACACAUCGCAUCGAGAGGGCGGUCCAGACAUUGAACGAUUCACGGAUUUCUCGGCGAUCUCCUUCUGACUUGCCUUAUCUUAGCCUGGAGAAUGGCUAAAUGGGACUCGCCGUGGAAGUAUUACUGGGGAGUUAUGUUUGCACUGUGCAAGAGCGCCCUGCCGCUAGCCAAGAGUUUGGACCCUGUCGCCUGGCAUUCCCAGAACCCGAAGUUUCAAGCUGGAAAAGGCCUGGUAUUAUACCCAGAAAUUGGUGACAGACUGGAUAUAAUCUGCCCAAAAGCAAGCAAUCAAGGCCCAUAUGAAUAUUACAAGCUGUACCUGGUGACCAAGGACCAGGCGGAGUCAUGCAGAACUGUCAUCGACCCCCACUUGCUUGUCACGUGUAAUAAACCGGAUAGUGACAUAAAAUUCACUAUCAAAUUCCAGGAGUAUAGCCCCAAUUACAGGGGGCUAGAAUUCAAAAGGGGCCAGAAUUACUUCAUCAUCUCUACGUCUAAUGGGUCAUAUGAAGGCUUGGAGAACAGAAAUGGUGGCGUGUGCAAAACUCGAUUCAUGAAAAUAAUUAUGAAAGUUGGACAAGAUCCAAACACAAGACCACCGCUGAAAGAAAAAGAUCCUACCAAAGCACCAGGUAAAGGCCAGGACAACACAAUGAAGAACGUUGUCUCCCUCUGGAAAGAGUCAUCUUCAGAAGAGAAUUCUGGGAACACAGCAACCGAUAGUCAGAUUAAAGACAAGCUGAACAACAGCGAAGGGAUCUUUGGCUCCAAAAUGGCACUCUUCGCUGCAAUUGGAGCAGGAUGCAUCAUUUUCAUCCUCAUCAUCAUCUUCCUUGUGGUCCUCUUAAUAAAGUUUAGAAAGCGACAUAGGAAGAGUUCCCAGCAAAGAUCAGCAGUUCUUUCCCUCAACACAUUGGCCAGCCCAAAAUGUAGUGGAAAUAGUGGCUCAGAACCCAGUGACAUCAUAAUUCCACUGAGGACUAAUGAUAACAACUACUGUCCUCACUAUGAAAAAGUUAGUGGUGACUAUGGCCAUCCAGUGUACAUUGUUCAAGAGAUGCCUCCGCAAAGCCCGGCAAAUAUCUACUAUAAGGUUUGACAGCCAAGACACAAGAGAAUUUGGAGUGUUUCCUGGCCUGCUUAUUGAUACCUAAAGCUUCUCCUAAAACAUACAGACUUCCCAUAUACAAAAUGUCUUUGGGAGAGUAUAGAUAAGACUGACAAUUCAAAGAAGGUUUCAGUAUUAAGUUCACCAAACUUGUGUUUUAAAAAAAAGAGAAAAAAAAGAAAAAAAGAAAUGGAAGAUGACUUUUUCUUUGAUGAAAGGGAGGCUGAAGAAUGGCUGUUCCUGAGAGGCCAGGAUCUUAACUCCUUUGUUUUGUUUUUCAUGCAGCCAUUCCCUCAGUGUGUAAAAGGCUUGAAAGAGGGAGGAACAUGCAAUAUAUCUCUCUCUUCUAUCUUCUAUUCCAAAUGCAAGAAAGGUUUGAAAUGAACCAAGAAGAUGAAAGCCUCUAUUUUUUGAGUUGUGAGGAGAAGCCCUGGUUUAAAUGCUAAACAGGGACACCGCCCAACAGAUUGAGGAUUACGAAGCAGUUGGUUCUCUGUGGCACAGGGGACUUGGAGCUGCUUGAAAUAUUUUUUUGAACUCCAACUGCUCAGGUGAUGAGACUUGCAACGCAAAAACUCUUGAUGUGGGUGGGGGGUGGGGAUGCUGGGGGAAAGGAUAUUUCUUGUUUUCUUCGCAUACUCAUUUGAGUUACCCCUCACUCCAUCUUGUUUCUUGACUUUUGAUUAAAUGAUAUGUUUUUGAUGUAUUGUGAUCUAUGUAAAUUAUAAACAUACUUAUCAAUCUAUUAGUUUAUAUACAAACCCAGCUUUUACCUUUUUCCCAACUCCUUUUUAAAAAAUAUUUUGUCAGGAAAUGCAUAAGUGAUUAGCAAAGAAGUGCCAGAUAAGCUUUGGCAAUUGGGGCAUAAUUGAUUGCUAGUUGGUCUUAAGGUUAGCCUAGUUAUUGUCCAGCCUAGGAUUUGUACUUGUGUUGUUGGGGUUUGCCCCAGUUGGCCUGGGCUUGCCUGGUAGAGGUAUGCAAAAAAUGAACAACUUGCAGGAGUGCAGUAUUCGUUUAUGGUGGCCAUCUAGCCCAGUCUCUACCGUUCAUUUCUAUGAAAUAAUUGAGUUGUAAUUUUGCUUUCUGUUUCAAAUUGUAUAAAGCAGCAAGAUGGCAGGCAGCUUUAAGGGAGAGAAAUACUUACAUUUUUCUUCCCAGGUAUAGUCACAAGUCCAUCCUGAUAUACAUUGGUGUAGGGUGCAGAUGUACUAGCAGACUUUCCAGUUGGGAAUGGGUUUAUCAUUCUGAAUUUGCCUACUAGGAUUCCCAAUGUGCAACAAGUUUGUUGCAAUCACCAACAAGUUUGAGAAAGCAGGUUCUUCAUUGCCCUUCAGAACAUGCAGGGCGAUGAAUGUUUCAUAAAGGUGGUAAGAAAGGCCUGAAGCUUAUGGCUUGGAGUGAUUGCCAUCAGCCCUGGCGUUUGCUAUCCAUGAUACCUUUAAGUGGGAGUUCUUUCUUGAACGUUAGUCCAGUGGGCAAGUACUUGAGCUGAACCAGCUCUCUUUGUUUCUUUGGUUACUGCCGGCUGUCAGUGUAUCAGGGAAAACUGCUGAUGGCCACUGGACCUUUCAUGGAAACAACUUGAUGGUUGGAGAUUGUUUAAUGGCUUAGUGGGCAAUUCAGUUUCAUACUUCAAAAUUGGUUCAUUCUUCUUUUCACUUCCCCACGUAUUGAGGGAAUUUAAUGUCAUAAGAAAAUAAAUAAAUAAAUAAAACUUCAGCUUGUCCAGCAAACAUCUUUCUCUGCUGCAACAUAUGUGUGUCUCACUUAACUACGAUCAAUACCCUAUUCGGUUUGCUUCAGUUGUUUUCCUUAAGUUUCAAAUGCCUUAUCCAGCAUGCACCAUCUCACCUUCCCAGCCACCCUCUUCCAAUCUUCUGUUCAGUUCACCAGCCAAAAAAAAAACAACUUGUAGUUUAAUUGCCAUGUAACACAUCACAUCACUUGAAACUGAGAUGCAUAUGGUAGUUUGUUUGUGAUUGGACUAAUCUGUUGAUCACCCAUUUGGUAAGAAAAUCUCCACAAAUGUUCAUGCCCCACUUUUUCUGGCCAGUCAGUUAUAAUCCUGUGAUGGCAAAUGUCUAUCAUAUCAGGGAAUAGUACUGAGCAUAUGACAGAGGGUUCCAUUCAAAGCAACACCUUUCCAAUAAUAUACUAUCUUCAUUUCUGUUCUUAAGCACACUCUUUUAAUGUUUUUCUGUUUGUUAGUUGAGUACUUGAUGGUAUCCUAUAUGCAAAUACUUACAGUAAUAAAAUAAUACCCAUGCAUCUUAAGAAAACCUUGAAAAAUGGAUCAGUGAGGUGACAGUGUUCAUAACGAUAUCGUCUAAGGAUAGUAAUAUCCAAUCAAAAUUACAAGGUCUGAGUGAUAUUAAGAAUGAUGAGAGAGAAAGACCUGGUAGAUCACAGAGUCAAUAACAGAGGCGCAAAUCCUCAUUCUUUCCCCUCCCAGAAGGAUUGGGCAUAUCUCUCCUACAUUCGUUGAUGGAGUCCACAGUGUCUGUGAAUAAAGAAAGAAUUGAGCAUUUGGCUCAGGACGGUGUGGGUACUUGGAGGCACUGCCAGGGAAAUAGCUGCUUCAGUCACUAUAUUUCAUAAAUCAUUCCAGCAAAAAAAAAACACUUUCUAAAAAUUAUAUUAAAGUGGCAAAGAAUGUGUUUUUGUGGGAUAAAAAUAGGCUGAAGAUCUGUUAGCACGAGCAGUCUGAGAAAAUGAUCUUUUCAAAAGUAUUUAGGAAAGUACACCAAAAGUUAGAAUAUUCUUCAAAACAGUGGUAUGCACACAGUUUGAGUCCUGUUUUAUUUAUGGAGCUGGUGUGUGAGUUGGGUUCUGAAAUGUGGCCAGAAUACAAGCAUUGAAAUGGAUACAGUCUGUUCUCUGAUUGAAUCAGUCUCAGAUAAAAGACUAUUUUGAAACAUCUUGAUUAGUUACAGGUUUGAAAGGGUUUCCACACUACUCUGAUUCCUAUCCUGAUGCAAUUAGAUACUGAUGGGCCCAUUUGUUCCAGGGCAGGUGAUGUAUUUGAUUGGCUGAUUGACAAAAAUUUAGUGAAUGAAAAACAAUUAAUAGACACUCCUUCCUUCCAGACACAGCUGGUAUAAGGCAAAGGACUGCUGGACGUACAGAUGUACAGUAUUGCUGUGCACAACUAGACAAAAGAUUAAAUGAUGAAUGAAACAGAUCUACAUUACACAUGCAGAUAGACAAACAUUCACAAACAAUUAUAUAUCAUGGUUUUGAUAUUAUUGCCCACAUAGAUAGGUAUAGAUAAGAAAUUUUUCACAUUACAUAGAUGUGUAGGUAAGAUCUGUACACAGGAAUACAAGGAGGAUUGUGGUUUCAUACAUCUAUAUCCAGACAAUUGCCUGCUACCCUCAAGUAGCUGGAGCAGACAAAAAUGACUCAAGGGAAUAACCCAAUCCUGUAGGUGACUGAGUAGAAAAUGCGUCAUUUGAGCAAGUUUGUGUUUCACUGGGUUGUCAAGUUUCCAGAGUGUCACAAAAUAACUUACAAACGUUGUAGAAGUGAUCGCAAUCGCAUUCACUCCAGCGAAAGUACAUUUAAGAAAAAUGGAGAUCUCUAUGGGAAGAAAUGGUUAGAUUGGCCUUGAAGUAGGUUAAAAGGUUGGAACAGCAUUUUGGGCCAAAGGGCCUAUGCUGUUCUAUGUUCUAUUUUCCAUUACAUAACACUUAAAUCAAAACAGCAAUGCGCAAUUGCAUUUUGAGGUAUUGGUAUCUCAAUAUGAAGUAUGUAGGCAUUAUAUUGACAAAAUUGGACCAAGUUCCACAGCUUAUUCAUUCACUGUGUUUCAGUUAUCUGUUUAUACCAUAGUAUAAACAAUUUUAUGCUCUUGUCAAAUCACAUUUAGUUGCAUGCCCUUCCCCUAACCCCAUACAAAUCCUUUUUAAACAAGAUAGUUGCUUACGGAUCCCAGACUAUGCAAUAAGUUGCUAUGGAAGAGAUGAAUGCAUUUUAUCUGUGUUUUAUUCAGUUAUUGCCCUUCCUCCACUCUUCAUCCUGGAGUGCAUCAUAUAACUUACUAUUGGCCUCUCUGAUAAUCGAGCUGAGAUGAGCAAUGCACCAUUAAAGCAGAUACUGCCUCCACAUUAUUUUUUCUUAUGGGGAGUUUCCUAAGGAUGUUAGUGCAACCUGCCAAAUUCAAAAUUUACUAACUUCCAGUUCUCAAAUAUGAGUUGGGUUGAGGGAGCUUUAAGAAUUUCAAUUAAUCCUUGUAAAUAUUCUGUAAGAUGCAUUUUAUUCCUCCUUUAUACUCUUUCUUCAUUCUGUAUCCUCAUGUUAAUGAAAUGAAAAUGUGUUGCAGCCUCUGCUAGUUUCAUCAUUCAUUCCCUAUACUUAAGAAUAGAAUUCCUAACUCCUAUCCAUUCUUCCCUCCCCAUUCCCCAGCUCAUAAUUGUUUUAAUGUCUCUGAUUGUUGUAUUUAUUUUACAUUCUUUAUCCAACAUAUCUGAUUACCUGAAAUAAAGUUUCCAAGAAAAUUAUGUACCAAAUUGAAUCACCCAGAACAAUAACCAGGCAUAACAGAUAGAGGACCCCAAAGUUCCUCUUGUAUCUUUGCAUCUUGAUAAUGAGACAAGCUUACUAAAACCCAAGUGCUGCCUGUAUUCAGUGCAUUAAAGGUGAUCUGUAAGGACAAGGCAUGAGACAGAUUAAUAUUGUGAUAUUUCCUCCUACUGACCAAUAUCGCCAAGGUGUCUCAUUAAAUCAGUCAGCAGCCACAAUGCUUUGUGGUCUGCCCUUGAAGUGAAUACUCAUGGUGACACAGGAUCAACCGCAAGAUAAAAAUAGAUCUUGCCAUUGGAUACUAACAAUCAUAGAGAGACUCUUCAACAAUAAUAUGGUGGUGUUCAAAAAGUGGCAGCACUGUUAAAAGAAUUAAAUUCUCUCCCCUGAUCGGUUAAUGUAAUCUUUCACCCACUUUUAUACUUGUGCCCUGCUAAGACACCAAUAGGCUUUCAGCACUGUGCCUCAGUACACAUUUGACACCUCUGAGUGUUUAUUAUUGCAACUAUUUAAUUGCAAAGGAUUGCUGCUAGAGUUUUGAGGCUUUGGCACUGGAUAAUAAGCCUGAGUGAAAAUAGUGACUGAUACUUUCUUCCCUUUUGGGUCCAGGCACUGAAGCUAUUUCUACCAUCCCUGUGACUGAGAUCAACUAACUCCACACAGACAACUGAGGGGCCCUUUAUCUCUAUCACAUUAGGUGCAGAAUCCAACAGGAGAACAAAUUUGGAACUUGUAACAAUAUUUCAAGUGGCUCUUCCUUCCAUCUCCAACCACAACAAUGUACACUCUAAGGUACAACUUCAGCUUAUUUUGUCCAAUUCCUGAGAGUAUAGAAAAUAAGAGGUCUGAAUACUUAGCUGGCAUCUCAUGAACACUGUUUUUAAAGAUCCUUGAAAGGCCAAAACAGCAUCGAGUGCUCAUACAUUGAAACAUGAUGGUAAUAGGACAAUACAGAUUCCAUGAUGGUAGAGGGGAAUGGCAUAUACAAAGACAUAUGAAAGUUUUGUUGCAACAAGUGAAAAGAUUGUUUCCACCUGUUUCAAGUAUAAAGCUGUUGACAAUCCAGGCAAAUUUCCCCUCUUAAAGUCAAGAAACAUCAGCAGUGAUUGCUACUCAUUAGUUAUUUGAAGAGAUGGAUGGCACCAUCCACGAACCCUGCCAUAACCAACUUUCAUGCCAUCGAUAAAAUGUAAUCUAUAGAACAUAAAACAUUGUACACCUGCCCAAGAAUCUUAAAAGCAACUCCAAAUUGUUAGCCAAUGAAGUAAUAGAGAGAACAUAACAUCAAUCAACUUGAGUUAGAGGCAGCUUAUUUCAGUGCAAAGAUCAAAACACACAACAGGUAUUUUGAUAACUUCAGUGACAGGAAGAAAGCAGGGGAAUGGAUUUGAGAGUGGAAAAUAAAUCAGAUGUGAUCAAAUGGCAGAGCUGACUCAAUGGGCUGAAUGGCCUUAUUUUGCUCCUGUACCUUACGACUUCACUGAGAUAGAUAGCACAAUGCUUUUUUUUUUAACUAGCCAAACAAUAACAACAGGAUAAAUUACAGGACUAGAAUUUGAUAGGAAUGUUAUAAAGGUAUAUGGAUAUUCAGUACUGAUACAGCAAACAGACUGUAAGUCACAUUACUCCUUCCUAUUCUGCCCUCUAUGUCCUUCAUCCACUUGUAUGUAUUAAGCUCCUUUUGAAUAUGCACAACCAUUUUGUAUGGUAUUCGUUCUGUUGUUGUAUCACACUGUGUGAAGCAACACCUCUACAAUAUGUUUUUCUGUGGCCAUUUUGUAACUAUGCCUUCUUGCAUUGAGCUCACUCACAAGUAGUAUCAGGUUCUCAAUUACUCUUAUCAAAUUUCUUCAUGAUUUUAAAUACCUCUGUUUCCCAGCGCAAUGAAUUUCUUACUAUUGAGUAUUUCCUGAUUUUUGGAGUCUUUCAAUUCUGGCAACUGCCUUGUCAAAAACUUUUUUUUAUAUCUUGGUGCCCUUCUUUGAAGUAUGAAAAGGAGAACUGUACGUGGCAUGCCAGGUGUGGUCUAACCAAGGUUCUGUAUAAAUUCAACAUUAACUUCCUGCUUUUGAUUUAUUCCUAAAAUAAACACUUUAUGGCUUUGUAAUUGAGCGCAUUGGAAGGUUAUUCUUCAUCAAUUAGCCCUACUCCUCUGCACUUUAUCCUAAUCAGCCUAUCGGAAGAGAAUCCAGCCAUAUCUUAAACAUUCACACAGGAGAUUCUGCAGCAUGUGUUCUCUCCACCUUUCGUUCAACAUAGCUCGCAAGUUAAUCAUCUGUGGCAUAUCCUGCAACGAGUGGCCAAAGCCUUCCUUGACAGCACCUCUGAAACUACAAUUUAUUGCCUAGCAAUGCAGGGGUUGCACAUGCUUGGGCAGUGAAUGCAUGGGAGUACAGUAAAUCCGGAAAUGCACCCCUCCCACCCACCAUACUGCUUACUCAGGUAGACAGACAACAGCACUGUGGGAAAACCUUCACCACAUGGACUGCUCAACAAAUUAAAUUUCAUUAUCAGGAUGAAUAAAGAAAAUAAAAGUUCAACCAUCCAAUAAGUAUAAAGAAAUCAUAAUACAGUAUCAUUCUAAAACACACAAAAUGCUGGAGGAGCUCAGCAGGCCAGGCAGCAUUCAUGGAAAAGAGAACAGUAGAUGUUUCAGACCGAUACCCUUCAGCAGGGUCUUCCUGAGACAUCUACAGUACUUUUUCCACAGAUGCUGCCUGACCUGCUGAGCUCCUCCAGCAUUCUGUAUGUGUUAGUUAGAUUUCCAGCAUCUGCAGAUUUUCUCUUGUCUCUGACGAUCCUCAUUCUGGUAGGUCUGCUAAUUGCCUUAAGUUUGUCGUCUCUGGUUAUUCACGCUCCUGUAGGUGGAGACUAUCAAAACAUGUUUUUUUUUAAUGACUUGUGUGUAUCAUAGUUACCCCAUUUAAAUUCAAAUGUUCCAAGGAAUAGUGGAUUCCUGGUGCCAAAAUGACCAAUCUCAUAUUUCACCAAAUGGACUUUUCUCCACUCCCUUUGUGUCUUUUAGUGUUGUGUUGCAGUUUUCUGUGUUGUUUGCAGUUAUUUUCAAUAAAGUUCAGCACUAUGCUUCCAAUUCUUACACCUCUCUAUUAAUGUAAUAUUGCUGUAAUAUCUCUGCUUUUCAUUGACCUACAGAGUCUAUGUGCAAUGAGCUGUAACAAAUUUUAUGGAAAAUCCAGUCUUUAGAAUAAUUAAGUAGAGGUUUUUCAAAGCAGGAUGUUGGAGACUAGGAGUUGAGUGGAUGGCAGAGGACUGGAUCGCAGUGUUCUAAUUAUUAUUUUUUUAUAUCAGUGUAAAGGGCAGCAAAAGACUCAUUGUUAUACUGUAAGUAGCAACAAUGUAAUGUCCAGAAACAAAUCUUUGUGAACACAUUUAUAUUCACUACACAAGAAGAUUAGAGGAAUUCUUACCAAUGCGGUUUAGAUCAAGUCAAAGAGUGAAACAUAUAUACAGAAAGAAAUCUGCAUACAUACAUGAAGCAGGGUAUAAUAUUGCAGUGAAGUUGUAAUAUCGCUUAAAAAAUCUCCAGUCACCAAAUUCCUACCAAUCAGCCACAUUUCACACUGCUUCCGAGUCUGAAAUUCACUGCUUUUAUGUUUUAAAUAUUAAUAAAAUAUUGUAUUGAA